AUGCCAGAUGCGGACACUCCCUGCUCUGUUAUCAAUGGCAAGAACGGUUAUGUCCGUGGGAAUAACUCCUGGGUUCUCGGACGGAUGAUGCGAGAUUAUGAAUACUGGAUGGGGCAGCCGGUCCGGGAACAAACAGAGUCUCUUAUCGAGGCUCGCUGGGAGUUUGACCAGCAGCAUGAGGAGAGAACAUCCCCCGGAUCGGGGUGCCGAGUGCCUCGUCCUACGCAAGCCGGAUUAGUUGUCAGUUUUUGGCAGCCACGCACCAGGCAGCCGCAUGGGGAGCCCAGCCACGAUCUGCCUCAUUGGUCGGGUGUUAUUGUCACGGUGGUCCAACUGGGAAUAGCUGCGAUCCCGGUGGGCCUUCGCGGAGAUUGGGGGGUCAUGAUGGUCACCGCCGUAGCCAUCAUUCUCUGCUACAGCACCGGGGCGCUGCCGCAUUGGAAGGUCGAGAAGUGGGCUUGUCGCCGCUUGGAUACUCCGGACAAGAAGAAUUUUAUUUUGACGCGUGGAAACGGGUCCCAGCAUGCAAUUGCUAUCACCAGUAACGGUCAUGGCUUGGACCUGGAGGACCUUGCUACGAGGUUUGCGAAAAUUAACUCCCCACCGAUCACUCUCUUUGCACAGCUGGCCAUUGUCAGUCUAGGGCUGUUGUGGGUUGCGCUCCUGAUUACGGCAUCUGCUCUGCAAAAGGACUCCUGGUACUUGAUUGCGGUUGGGGGUAUAGGAAUGCUGCAAAAUAUCUUCGUUGCGGGCUGGAAGCGGGCACCGGCUGCCUAUGGCGUUCCGCUAGAGUUCAUCGGUGUCGUUGGCAAAGUCAAAGUUAUGCAAACUUUGAUGGAAGUGGAGAGAAGAUAUGAGAAGUUGGGGAAGAGCAUGGUAGGGACCUUCCUCCCGGGCGAGUUACGAGAUAGUGAAGUGAAGGAUUGGGAGGCCAUCGCGCAGGAAUGGAAGGAGAAAAAGGCCGCCACCGUCAAGUCUGAUGACUAA